AUGUUUGCCCUCUCACUGAUCUUGGUGAUUGCGCUCGUUGCAGCCUCUCCACAGCCCCGCAUGACCCACGCACCCCCGCACUCGUGGGGCAAUGGCCCCGUGCGCGGCGUCAACAUCGGUGGAUGGCUCGUGCUCGAGCCAUGGAUAACGCCAUCCCUCUUCGACGGCAAGCCUGACUGGGUCCGCGACGAGACCACCUACGCGAAGUACCAGCUCGGUCAGCCUCAGCCGUACAGCGAGAUUGGCCAUCACUGGGAUACCUGGAUCACCUACGAUGACUUCGCCAAGAUUGCCGAUUCGGGCCUCAAUACAGUUCGCAUUCCUGUUGGGUUCUGGUCACUCAUUCCGCUCGUCGACGGCGAGGUGUUCAUGGUCGGCGCGUUCGAGCACCUCAAGAAGGCGGUGGGAUGGGCCAAGGCCGUCGGCCUGCAGGUCAUGCUCGACUUGCACGGUGCGCCCGGCGGUCAGAACACAUGGGACAACUCGGGCAUGGCGGGGGUCAUUCACUGGUACGACGACACGCGCAACCUCGACAGGACGACUGCCGCCCUCAACGUCCUCAUGCGCGAGUUCAAUCGCAAUGAGUGGGCCGGAACCGUAACGAGCAUCUGCGUUCUCAAUGAGCCCAAUCCGCACUUAUCCCCAGUCCCAGCUCCCCUCGACUUUCUGAAGACGUUCUACCAUGCCGCAUAUGGUCUCAUCCGUGACCAAAGCCCCGCUACACCCGCCGGCGGCGGCAUAGUCGUCGUCCUCUCUGAAGCCUACCAGAGCCUAGAGCAUUGGCGUGGCUUCAUGCCUGCACCGCAGUACCAGCGCGUCGCACUUGACUGGCACUCUUACCACAUGUUUGAGGACCGCACGCUUGCCCUAUCGUUCGAGGACCACAUCAAAGAGUACUGCGGACUUGUGCCUCAGCUCGUGAACAGCGACGACAACCUCUGGACGAUAGUUGGCGAAUUCACUGCGGCGCCGACAGACUGCGCAGGAUGGGCACACAACGGCGCCGCCGCCAAGUGGCACGCUGGUCUCGGCUCCGUCAUGGCCACCCCCAACGAUUGCGCGUCUAUCUCGGGCAACCCGUCGUCCUGGACGCCCGCGUACCGCGACUACCUCACGCAGUCGUGGGAGACGCAGACGUGGGUGUACGAGAAGGCGCAGGGGUGGGUCGCGUGGUGUUGGAAGACCGAGGCGGCCGCGGACUGGAGCCUCGAGGCCGGCUUUGACGGCGGGUGGCUCACGCGCCCCCGCGACCUUGCGGACGGCAAGCGCAAGUUUGGUGUGCCGUGCCGCGGGCUCAGUUUCGAGAAUACGUUCUCGGACAGAAGAUCCUCCGCGCGCCGCCCCGCCACACACAGCAUCGCCCUUGCGGCCGGUGGUGCCGCCCUCGUGGCCCUCUGGACCCCUCACGUCUAAAAGCCAACCUUGUCCGCUCUGGAUGCAUCUGACAUUCCGUUAACGCCAC